AACGAACUUGUUGCAGUUAAGGUGGAUGUAUUCAAAUCAAUUUCCUCUUGUCGGUUGAAAUGAAGUAGGGCACCAAAAGGAUCCUCAUUCCGAGAUAAUUUCUUUUAUUGUUCAUAUCACGGACAAAACGAGGUGUUAUUAUUUAAUUUUUGGAUAUAAUGAAGAACAUGGGAUAUUCCUACUCUUGUGUCUUAAUAGUGACAUUUUUAACUGUUGUGAAAGCAACUUAUUACAAAACACAACUUCAGAAUUUACGAACUAGACCAGUAUAUUAUCCUUACAGAGCGUUUUCAACAAACAGCAACAGUAAUUCUAUCAGCAGUAACAGUAACUACUGCAGUAAAUCUAUUGUCACAUAUCAAUCCAAAUGGUGUUGGGACCAAUUACAACGUCAAUGGGUACUCAAGAGACAACCUAUAACACAAACAGUUAAAGAAUGUUGUCCGGGAUAUGAGGGCAGAAAUUGUGAAAAACUUUGUUUUACAUGUGAUCAGUAUCACAAAUUAACCAAACAAGUAUCAGUGUUAGAACGAGAAAUACGAAAUCGAGGCAACACAACUACUAUAAUAACUGGAAGAGGAGAAAAAGGUGAGCGUGGAUUAACAGGUCCUCCCGGACCACGUGGUCCACAAGGUGAACCAGGAUUGGUUGGAUUACCGGGUCAAAAAGGUGACCCUGGGGUAGCAGGUCCACCGGGAUUUACAGGUGAAAGAGGAAAUGACGGAUUACCAGGAGAACCAGGGAGACCUGGAAGAAAAGGAGACCCCGGCCCGAUGGGUGCCAGCGGUCCCCCGGGACUGCCAGGUUUGGAUGGUACAAGGGGCCCUCCAGGGGUGCCAGGUGAAAAAGGUGCCAAGGGGGACCCUGCUGGUGAUGGAAUUACUGUUGAUCAAUAUACGUUCCUAGUAGAAAAAAUUGAUAAUUUAGAAAACAAGAAUGGAUUACCCGGUAGAGACGGUCCCCCGGGUCCGCCUGGACCCCCGGGGCCUGAGGGGUUACAAGGCAGACCGGGAACCCCUGGAGUGAAAGGAGAACCAGGGGACAUAGGAUUACCCGGAGAAAGAGGCCCACAGGGGGCUGAUGGACUUCCCGGAACACCUGGAAGAAAUGGACAACCUGGUCCAAAAGGCGAGCGAGGGGACUCAGGAUUGCCUGGUGCCCCAGGACCCAUGGGUCCCGCAGGAAAAGCAGGACUUACCGGUGAACCCGGCCGUCCCGGUAACCCAGGAUUACCCGGUCCCCCGGGCGAGAAAGGGGAGAUUUCACAAUUUCCUAUUUCAGUUGCUGAAUAUAAACUUUUGGUAAACCGCGUUGAGGAACUAGAGAAAACAGUAGCAAUAUGUUGUGCUCCAUCAACUACGCCUUUAAUUACUACAACACAAUUUCAGUGUGCAGCAGACCAGCAUCUAUGUGGAGGCACUAAUCCUAGAUGUAUUCCCUCGCAAUUUGUAUGUGACGGUCUGGCCGAUUGUGACGACCAGUCAGACGAAUCGCCAGAUCUCUGUGGUAAAACUCGACCGACUUGUCCAGAAGGAUUGUUUGCUUGUAACAACGGUCAAUGCGUAAGAUCAGACGCCAAAUGUAACGGUACACCGGAAUGUGCAGAUCGUAGUGACGAAGCCGACUGCGAUGAUGACAUUGAAAUAAGUGGGGAUAAUGUAAACAGAGAAAUAUUUCCGGAAAAUUCAUUGGUGUUUGAAGUUAUUGGAAAGGAAGUCACAAAGACAGGAGAAGAUGCUGAUGCGCCUGCGCCAAAAAUAAAUAAAACAGAAUUUGGCUUAAUUGGACAACGAUUUGAAUUGAAGGAAAAGGAAGGAAGUAUAUCGGGGUCCGUAUCCAACAACGAAAAUUUAAAAGAGACUACGAACAGAGACAGUCUUGUUGAAUUACUGCUCGAUAUGCCUCCGCCUCCUCCAUUGCCUUCUAGAGGAGAAUUACGAGACCGGUUAUUGGCGCAUGUGCAAAAUUUUUCAGAGUGUCCUGAAUGUAGAAACUUGGCUUUAGAGUUUUAUCGCAACAAUAGUAUGAACACAAAGGAAGAAGAACCCCAACUAGGAGUCAAUCGUUUGCAGUCUGAUAGGAUUGAACCAAAGCAAUUCGUUAUUGAAAACUCAGGGGUCGGAAAUGCAGGGACCAUGUUUAUUAUUCUUACCCUUUUGUUCUUUCAAUUUGUUAUAACAAAAUAUUGCUGAGUCAUAUGGUUUGAAACCUUUUUUUUAAUUAUUAUUUUCUGUUUUGAAUUAUUGUCUAUAAAUGUACAUGUAUUAUAUAAGAAAAUUAAAACGGAGAAAGACAGUCAUCUUCUAUGAUGUGAAAGAUUAAAAUCAAAUUAAGAAAGUAUACUACUUAAAAAUGUGAAUACUCGUAUUAUUAUCAGGCAAUAAAACUAUACAUAUAUUUGAACACACAAAUCACUUAUAAGUCGUUCUAACUGGGCACAGAUUGACUCUUGUUUGAAUUUUCAUUAUUUUCACUAUUUAUCUUUGAGAAAGAAUAAUUUGUAUCUUUCUUUAAAAUAUAUAUAUAUACAUUUAUAUGCAGUAUGAAGUAAGUUUAUAGGUCCCUGAUAUAAGCUACAAAAUGUUGUAAAACACACAUCAUUGUAAAUACACUGUACAUGUACAAGUUGAAAUCAUCUUAAUGAUU